AUGGAUCCAAGCCAUCUCUUAAACGAGGUUGUUGAUGCUGAUAGCAUGGCGACUGACGUAAAACCUGUCGUUACAACACCUGUACUUCCUGAAAAAGCUACUGUAGGGAAUGUUUCCGAUACCAGUGGGUGUGGCAGCGGAUCCAGCGGCACUGAUGUAGCUGUCUUCGAGCAAAUUUCUCAGGAACGAAUCUUAUCGAAUACUGGCCGGAGUAAUGAGCAGCCGUCAGAUAUAGAAAAUCUCCUCAGUGAAGUGGUUGCUCUCCGUCAUGCAAAAUGCAAUAUUGAAGAAGAGUUGCUCGAUGUGAAAAAGAAAUUCAGGGAGUUGUCUUCUGUGAACAAUGAAUUAAGAUCGCAAGUGGCGAGCAGCAUCGAUGAAGCAAAUGAAAGGUCGCGUAUGUAUCGACAGCUCGAGUCUUCCCGGAACGAGCUUGCUGUUCAAAAGAUGGAUCUGAAUAGUGCAGUGGAGAAGUUGAGGAAUGAAAAAGAAGAAAGAGACGCUGCGAUUCGAACCUUAACUAGGGAGAAACAACUCAUUGCUACUGAAAAUUUCGCCUUGAAAGAUGAACUGCAGAAGAUCCUUAGAGAAAAAGCGUUGUUAACGCAAGAGAAAAACAACAGGGAUCAGGAGAUGCGCACAUUGACGUCGGAACGAGAGAAAGCACGUACCGAAAGCGAGAUGUAUACCAAUUCACGUAAAUGGUUCUUAGAGGAGAUAGCUCAGAGGGACAAUAAACUGGCUGAGCUGCGAAUCGAAUUGAGUUCAAAUAUGCUAUCGUGGCACAGAGAGAAACUUAUUCUGAAAGAUGAAGUCGCUCGACUCCAACUAGCAGCUGAAGAGCAUGAAGGUCAGCUGCAGUUACGGAAAAAGCAAGUCGAUGACACACUUGCUCGGAUAACUGAGCUGUCUGCUGAACAUAAUUCUUCUAUUGCUGACCUUGAAGCUGAGUUACGAAAGGAGCGAGAGCUGUCUGGUAUGUACAAGGAAUCAUUGGAAAAGGCGGAGCACGUUGCAGCCGAGAUUAGUGAACAGUGGAAAGCUCGUGAGAAUCUGUUCGAAGAGACCAAACGGGUGCUGACUGAAGUCCAGGAAGAAAUUGAGGAAGAGAAGCGAAUGCGAAACGCCGAGAUUGCUGUGAAAGAUGAACAAAUUAAUGAACUGCGAGAGGAGCUUUCGAAAGCGAAUGAGCUUCUGAAAUCGAAGCAUGCUGUUAAUCUAAACGUUAGUGAGGAAGAAUUGUCUAUACUCUCUCCAGCGGCGGUUGAAACUGCUCGUCUUCUACGAGGAGGGCAAUCACUUACAAGCAUUGUUAGAGAACAUGCUCGACUCUCAGGUGAAUUAGCUGAGUGCCGUGAGAGAAACAGGCAGUUAGAAAUGAGUCUUCGAGAAAUGGUGGAAGAAAUUGAAGACCGCGCACCGCAACUUUUUCAGCAGAAGGAUUUGUUGGAUAAAACUUUCGACGAUAAUAAUAGACUACAGGAGCAAUUGAAGGAAGCUGAUGAGGCUCGGUGCCGUCUAGAAAGUGUACGAGAUGCCACAUCUCGAGAACUAUCAUUUACACGUGCUGAACUUGAAAAGUAUCAGAGAGACUAUGCCAAAGCUUCUAAGCAGGUGCAACACUUGCUCUUUGUAUUGGAGAGAGAGCGACUAAAUGGAGAAGGUGACAUCGUCGAAAACGAUGAAGAAAAUGCACGUCUGUUCAACAGCAUAGCUCAGUUGCAAAAGAUAAAUCGACAGCUGGAAUCUGAAUUAGAAGUGGCCAAAACAUCUGCAGAGCAGGUCGUUCUGACAUCGAAAAAUGCUGAGAUAGAGUGUUUGAAACGAGAACUCGAAAGUUCUCGAAAGACGGAGAAUAGCUUGAAAGGAGAAUUAGAACAGAUGCGUACAACAUUUGAACUACUUCAAUCUCAAACGGAACAGUUGAAGAAGCUCGCUGACGACAAUGUCAGUGUCGUUGAAGCAAGAAGUGCUAAAAUAAAAGCAGAAGAAGCUGUUGCAAAGGCUCUAGCUAGUGACGUGAAAGUGGCCCGUUUGGAAGAGUAUAUUCGAGCGCUUAAAGAGGAGAAGGAAAUUAGCGAAAGAAUUCAUUCCGAUCGUGUUGCUCGUAGCGAGGAGAUUAUAUCGGAGGUCAAAAUGACAAAUGCUCGCUUGGAAGCGUCAUUUGAAAUGCAGAAACAAACUACGGCGGAACUAGAUCAUGCUCGAAAAGAACAAGAUCAGAUUCGUGAAGAAAAUGAUCGAGUAGAAUGUCGAGCUGCCAAGGAAGAGCUAGAGCAUGCCUGUUUAACGAUUAAAAGAUUGGAGUCGGAAGUUGAGGCGUUCAGAAGGACGUCAUUCAGUGAGCAACAAAUGAUGUUAUCUCUUAACGAAAUGACAGCUCGACUUUCUAGAAUUGAAUCUGAAAAAAUGGCUCAACUUGGUUCACAAAUAGAUGUUGUACGCUUGGAACGCGACAGUUUAAAAAUCUCAAAUGCUCGUCUCACUGAUCAAUUGUCUCACUCAAGGAACGAGGCGAAGCAGACUCAGAUACGCUACGAACAGGAAAUUUCACUUGUUCGUCAGCAGCUUGGAGAGAAAGAAAAGGAACUAACGUUAAGCGAACGUCAACUUAUUGAACUCCGAACACGACUAAGUAGCAUGCAGGCUCAGUAUACUGCCCAAGAGAGUACUUUAGGAAUGACGCCAGAACGUCUACAGAAGGAGUGUCAACAACUGAAAAAUCGCUCCCAAUAUCUCGAAUGUCAGCUCGAUGAGUUAAAGUCUAAGCUUGCCGAAGCAGAAUGUGUCGCCAUAAAAAAGAGCGAUGAGAAUGAUCGGAUGGAAUCACAUAGCAAAGUGAUGGAGUCUAGUCUAAAGCAUAUGGCUGAAAUGGGAUCUAUGGAAAGGGAGCGUCUUGAAGCUAGAGCUAAUAGCGCCGAACUGCGAGCUGCAGAGCUUACGAAGAAAGUAGCGGAGUUAUCCACAACGAUCAAUCAACUGGAAUCUGAGAUUUCCGACAUGAAGUUGGACCAUUUGAAGAUGUCAUCGGAGCUACAGCUCAAGAUAGAUAUUUUGGAAGCCCAAGUUAAGGACGCUGACAGUUCUGUGGUAAACCUUAAUGAAUUAUUGAGCGCAGCACGAUCUGAUGUCGAGAAAGGUAUUUCGGAGCGAAAUGAGCUAACUAAUCAGUUGGACGAAUUAAAGUCUUUGAUUGUGGAGAAAGAAGAAGAAAUUGCUUUAAAAAACGCGAAGUUGGAUUCGAAGGAAAAGGAAAUUUUCAGUACCCGUGAAGGCGUUAGAGUCGCUGAAGAAAGCCUUCGUGAAACUGAGAAGCUUCUGGCAAGUCGCGCUGAUGAAAUGGCAGCUAUAGAAAACAAGUACAAUGAAAGUAUCAAGAAUUACGAAGAAAAACUGGAUCAUAUGUUGGAGAAAUACGAAAAUGUUGCAUCCCAAGUUUGCAGUCGAGGAUCUGGAUCAACGGAUCUGAAAGAACCUGACACUUCAUCAGGAAAUGAAGAUUCUUCAUUAGCAAUUGUUGAAUCCCUUCAAAGUGUUGUGAAGUUCCUUCGUGAAGAGAAACAAUCGGCUGUAGCUAGAUGCAUGGCAGCAGAGAUAGAAGUCAAAAGAUUACGAGCAGAAGUAUCUGAGAUCCGUGCAGGUCGUGAUGAACUGGCGGCUACAGUACGCCAUUUACAGUCAGAAGUAGUCGCCAGUGCAGACGCUCUUGCGGAAAGAGCACAGCUGCUGGAAAGACUUGAAAUGAUGGCUUCUGUCCAACGGCAAAACACCAUGUAUCGAUGUGAAAACGAAAAGCUGCACAAAGUUUCUUCCGAGCUUUCAAAACAGAAACGUGAAGCAGAGACGAAGGUGUCGGAAAUUACUGCUGCUGCCAGUGAUGCUUCGUCGAAAAUCACAUUGCUGUCAUCAGAAUUAGCUACAAAAAAGAAGGAAAACGACUUGCUUCGACAGCGUGUCGCUGAAGCAACCUUGAAAGGCGAUCAAGAAGUCAAAGCACGUGUAAAAGAGUUGGUUGCGAAACAUAACGACACCUGCACGAAGUUUGAAGCAACCAGGAAGCUCGCUCGCCGUUACCGAGAUGAGAGUACAGAAGAUAAACAGAAAAUUGCAAAUCUGGAAUCCGAAUUGUCACGUCUCAAAUCCGUUUCUGCUUCGUGCACUACUUCAGAUGCCACUUCAUCACAAGAUAUGAGUGCAAUGAGGGAGCGUUUAAAUUCCCUGGAAGCCGAGAAUGCCAAACUAACCAACGAUUUGACAUCGAAAAUUGCUGAGUACGAAGAAGUUAAAUUCCGUCUCAGUGCUAUGGGGCCAUCUUUCGAGAAUGCUCAGGCGCGUGUUACUCAACUGAGUGCUGAGAAAAGUGAUUUGUUAACCCGAAUUGCAUCUUUGGAAGCGCAAAUUUCCGGGAUAUAUUCUGCCGAUCAGCAUCGUCCAUCUGUUUCUCUUUCCGCAUCUUCUGUUAUGUCAACUGGAUCUUUACCCGAUAGUGUGGCAUGGACCGGUAAUUCUGCCUCUACUCCAAAGCGAGUGGCAUUCGACUCUCCUGUCCAUUAUCAAAACUCUCCAGCGAUUACCACGGUUGCGGAUACUAUUUCAGGGAAUACAUCCUCUGAAGCAACGCAAUCUCCAAUAGGAAAAGCAGUGUCUUCUGCGUCAUUAGCUUCACAAGUACCCAAACUAUUCAAAUCAAGUGUGGAACCGGCAUUCUCAUCUACUCAAACUACUUCUGCUCCUCCUGCUGAUGAAGCGCAUGGGAGCUGCGUUGCUGAUAUGCCUCAAGACUCAGGUCAAACUGUUCAGGUUGUUCCUUCCUCUCCAAUAACGUAUUCGCUAGCUACAUCGUCAGCUGCCCGUAUCAGUCCUGGUCAAUCGUUAUUUGGAAAAUCUGCACCUAUUGUGACUGCAAGUGUGAGCACAUCUACUAAAAGCACAACAGAAGGAAGCAUAUCGGUUGUCACUGAAGCGGAACAGAGUAGCCAGGUUAGUGGAAGCGGAGAAAUUCGUGGACGAGAGGACGAUGACGGAGCUGGGCAUAACGGUAUUUCGUUUUUUUUUUCUCGUGAUUUUGGUCUUCUGAAUUAUAAAUACACGAAAGAUUUGCAUUCUGCCGGUGAAUCUCGCGAUAGUGGAAGCGGAAUGCCUGUAUCUUCGUCCGAUGGCAGGCGCAAACGAGCUGUCGCCAUCCAGUCCUCCUCCGAAUCUAAACGUCACCGAGAUAGUCCGAGUGAAAUCGUAACCAGCAGCGAAGAGCGCCGCGAUUUAGACGUGAUUCCUGAACGUGGAAUGGCUGUCGCAGCUGACAUGGAAGGUGUUGAUGUUCCUGACGACGCAGAAGGAGAUGAUGACAUUGAGGUUCUAGAGGAAGGGCAAGAUGAUUCCACCCAACACAUCGAACUUUUGUCUGAUGAAGAUGUGUCCGAACAGUCGAUGGAUGAUUUUGAAGAAGAAGAUGAUGAUGGUGGUAUGGAGUCCGACGAAGAAAUCGAUAAUGGCGAAUCUGCUGACGUCGUAGUACUAUCAGACGGUGAGGACGCUGAAGAAAUCGGCGAAGUCGAGAUGGAAGAUGACCACGGUGACGACGAACUUGACGGAGAUGGUCUUGUUGUUAGUCAAGAUGACGAAGUAUUAGGGGCAGACGAUAAUUCAUUGGACGCCCCAGCUGCUGAGGAUUUUAUUGAUGACGAAGAUCGUGAAGCAGCCUCGGCCGUUGAAGAAGCUGACGACGAAGGUCGAACGGAUACUGGAAGCUCUGCAAUGGCGGGAGCUCCUUCGUCCAUUCGUCAUACUGGUAAUGGAUCUUCUAUGACGAGUUCAAGUGCUAGCGCAUCUAUGCCAGCGACAGCACGACUACGUAUUCCAAUUGUCUAUGGUGCAGAAGAUCAAUGUUCUAGCAGCAACGAGAGCGGAUCUACUCAAUUCCCUCGGCGCCGACGUCCGAUCACUAUCUAUCAACCUGGCGGACGUUCAUUGACUCAUCCUACCCCUAGCAGCGUCCAACAAGAAGCUUCGAUUGAGAGAAUGAGCGCCAGAAUGAGGGGACGAGCCCGCGCUGCUCUUCGUAGUCGUGGUAAAGGUCGUGGGGCCAAGCACUGA